AUGGGGAUAAUAACGGCUCCGAGGCGUGCCCGAAAAACGCACCCUGGCUUCACCGCCGCUUGUGUUGUCCUGCUGCUCGUUAGCCUCUGGCUUGCUCACAGUGUUCUCUACGACGCGUGGACGCUUGCCGCAAUCCCAUUACUAUGGACGCGCCACGCCGAGCGCUUCUACAUCUCCGCGCAUCAUGACGACUUUGACGUGACCUUUGCGAACUACAGCAUACACCAAACCAGCGCCGCCCCGUUUGGCGACCAAGUUCCCCCCGUCCUCCAUCACAUCUCCCUCGGCUCCGGCGCCGCCACGCAUUCGAAAUGGACCGAAGUGCGGCAAACUUGCUUGGAUCUGCACCCAGACUGGGAGGCUUUCCUCUGGACAGAUGAGACCGCCGAUGCCCUCGUCGCCGAGCAUUUUCCUGAAUUGCGAGAGAUGUGGACAACAUACCGCUACCCUAUCCAGAAAAUCGAUGCGCUGAGGUACAUGGUGCUGUACCAUUACGGAGGCGUCGUCCUGGACAUGGACUUGCAAUGCAAGCGCGCCUUUGGACCCCUGCGGCGGUUUGGAUUUGUCGCACCAGCCGCCCAUCCCACCGGCUUCUCGAUCGGCUUCAUGAUGGCGAGCAAGGGCAACGCUUUUGUGGGCAAGCUGGUGGAGAACCUUCGACGGUACAACAGGCAUUGGCUGGGCCUGCCUUAUCCGACGGUCAUGUUCAGUACGGGAUGCCACUAUGCAUCCACGAUCCACGCCUUCCAACAAAACCGUGCCGAACUCAAAAUCCUGGCCGGCCCAAGCGGAAACCCCAGGCUGCAUAGCCUGAAUGGCCCGGUCUCGACGCCGCUCUUCAACCACCUCGGCAGCUCCUCGUGGCACUCCUAUGACGCCGCGAUGAUCGUCUCACUGGGCAAGCGACACGAUGCGAAGCUGCCGCUGUUGCUGAUCGGCGCCGUUGCCGUGAUGUUCUUCGCCAUGAAGCGGAUGAGGAGGCGACGGAUGCUGAAGGUGUAG